AUGGCGACGGUUCAGCGAGCGAGCAACAAGCUCUCAAUUUCCUCGAACCGAAGCUCAGAUGGUCUUUACAAGCAUCGCCAGAGUAUGCUUUUCCGGGAACUAGAGAUUCUACUUGAACUCACACCGAGCACCUUCAGCUCGCCACUUCUGGCUCUCCCAAGAGAAAUCCGCGCCCAAAUCUUCAACUAUGUGUUACCCGACACCAAAAAUCGGCCUGAACUUCACACCUGUCUAUGGGGAGCAGAGAUGUCCAACGGAGAACCCUGGAGGCACGACAUUUUUGGGUAUGGAUCCUCCGUAGCUAAGGCAUCCCGAUUACGGCCCGAGCUCCUCCUUAUUAACAAACAAAUCCGCGACGAGUUGCUUUACAAUUACUUUCGCCGCAGCAAGAUUACGUUGCACGCUGAACUACGAAAUACGCGGACCAAUAACGACUAUUUUGAGUUCUCACAGCACAUUCUGCAAUUGCCCAUGCUGAAGCAUGUAACGCAUAUACGCUUCUACAUCGAAUGGAACUACACAACGCUGAAGAACGGGGGCCGAGAUCGUAUGAUGAGAGACCAGGCGCGCAUGACAAGCAACCUCCUCGCAGCCAUGGACAAGAUCGCCCUUUCGCUUCAAUGCAUUGAAACCAUUGAAUUGUCGGUCCUCUUCUUCUGGAAAUUUCGAAGCGGCAAAAUGUACAGUCUUUCCAUGCAGGACCUCUUUGACCUCGAAGACGUCUUCAAGCGGUGUGCUGAGUUGCGUUGGCUUAGUCUACUUGGAGAAAACGACCUUCCAGGGAAGAAAAAGAUUACCACCUCUACUUAUCUCAGCCCGACUUCGGCGGCGGCAACUUCUUCAGCGGGUGUAGGCUACAAGAUGUCGACAGAGAAGAAGGGUACGGAGCAGAGUGGAGGCAUGGAGAUCUGCGUGAGCCGUGACUUGGAAGACGCGAUGGAGGAGCGAAGAAAGAGUAGCGUCGACUUUUUCGGUAACUACGAAGUCACAGAGCCUUUACCACAGCCUAGUUAUCGGCAUGGUGCUAUGAUAUAG